AUGAAGCCCGGCAGCCAGCGCAUGGACAGCACCUUCAGCCGGCUUCUCGACAAGCGCGAGGCUCAAGGCCGCCGCCGGCGCCUCACCCUCCCUCCGCCCGGCGCCGUCGACUUUUCCUCCAACUCGUACCUCUCCCUCGCCGACAGCCCCGAGCUCAAGAGGCGCUAUCUCGCACUCCUGCAGUCGUCCGGCGACGGCGAUGGGCCCCGGUUCUCCCUCGGCUCCGGCGGCUCGCGGCUCCUCGACGGCAACACGGCCUUUACCGAGGCGCUCGAGCGGCGCAUCGCGGCGUUCCACGGCGCGCCCGCCGGCCUGCUCUUCAACUCGGGCUUCGACGCCAACGCGGGCCUGUUUGGGUGCGCGCCGCAGCCCGGCGACGCGGUCGUCUACGACGAGCUCAUCCACGCGAGCGUGCACGACGGCAUGAAGCUCGGGCGCGCGCAAAAGGUGCCUUUUACGCACAACACGGUGCAUGCGGCGGACGCAGAGGGCGGCACCGAAAGCCUGAGUGCCGUCCUGGACCGUCUGUGCCAGGGCUCGCAGGGCGAAAGCUUCCGCAACGGCAGCAGAAACAUAUUUGUCGCCGUCGAGGGCGUGUACAGCAUGGACGGCGACGUCGCUCCGCUGCGAGACAUUGUGGCGUGCGUGCGCGAGCGCCUCCCGCGCGGAAACGGCCACAUCAUCGUCGACGAGGCGCACUCUACCGGCAUCAUCGGCCCGCGCGGCCGCGGCCUGGUCUGCCAUCUCGGUCUCGAGGACCAGAUCUGGGCGCGAGUGCACACGUUCGGCAAAGCCAUGGGCUGCGCAGGCGCCAUUGUCCUCUGUUCGCCAAUAAGCAGAGCCUACCUCAUCAACUACGCCCGAAGCCUCAUCUACACCACCGCCCUCGGCUACCCCUCCCUCGCCGCCAUCCAGAUCACGUACGAGCACCUCGCCGGGGGCUUCGCCGACUACCGGCUGCAAGCCCUGCACGCGCUGAUCCGCCGCGCGCACGGCACCCUGACGAGCCUGUGCCGGCGGCGCCAGAUCCCGCCACGCAUCCUGCACAUUGCCCCCUCGGUGCCGGAGUCGCCCAUCGUCCCGCUGUUCACGGCGUCGGCGCGCGAGCUCGCCGCGUGCUGCCAGCAGCACGGCUUCCUGCUGCGGCCGAUUGUGGCGCCGACGGUGCCGACGGGCACGGAUCGGGUGCGGCUGUGCCUGCAUGCGGGCAAUACCGAUGAUGAGGUGGACGGGCUGUGCAGGGUGAUUGAAAAAUGGGCGUGUGAUAAGAUGGGUAUUGAGUGUAAUACCAACGUUCCGGGCGUGUCGGAGGACGUAGAUUCUAGCAUGAUGAAAAGUGACACAAGCCGUCUAUAA